CAUUCCACCUAUUAAAAUAACCAAAACCUGUAACAUAUAUAUAAGAAGAGAUUCCUAAAAAGGAUUGCCGGAAAAGUUCUCUAAGAUUUGACUGAUUCUAAACUUCAAUCAACUAUAACAGGAAAAAUCUAGCCGGCCAUUUCCUGAAGACUGAUUCUCCUCUGCAGAGGGCUGAAAAUGGAAUAAGUGCAUCUCUUUGCUUCUUCCUUGAGUCUAAAGAGAAGCUUACAAACAUGCCAGGGCCGAGGAAUUAGAUUAUUCAAUAGUCAUUUUCGGACAUAUAAGCCGAGACAAUCCUAGAGAGUUACUCCUUGUCUGCAAUUGCAUUGACAAACCCUAUAUGAACAAGCACGUUAACCCGCAGCAGUACCACAAAUUCGAACUGAUAGAUUACUCUGAAAAAUCAACCAAUGGCUGACUGGCAAGGUUACACGGUUCUCUUCCUAAUUUGGCUAGUCUCAGCCAUCUUAGUCCGGGUUGUACUAAACAGGACUUGGACCAAACCCCACCUUCCACCCAGCCCACUAGCCCUUCCAAUCAUUGGCCAUCUCCACCUUGUUGCCCCCAUACCUCACCAAGCCUUUCACAAGCUCUCAAUCCAAUAUGGUCCCUUGUUCCACGUCUUUCUCGGAUCCGUGCCCUGCGUGGUCGUGUCCACUGCCGAGAUGGCCAGGGAGUUCCUCAAGACUUAUGAGGAGCACUUUUCUAAUCGACCUGUGAUUGCCGCAGUAGACUACCUCACAUACGGCUCACAGGAUUUCUCUUUCGCGCCUUAUGGGCCCUACUGGAAGUUCAUGAAGAAGCUCUGUAUGUCAGAACUUCUUGGUGGGCGAACACUUGGCCUUCUCCUUCCUGUUAGGAGCGAAGAGAUUAAGCGGUUCGUCCAGUUCAUGCUGAGGAAGGCCAAAGAAAGCAAGGAGGUUGAUGUGGGAAGAGAGCUAAUAAGGAUGAGCAAUAACAUGGUCUCGAGGAUGCUGAUGGGGCAGAGGUGCUCGGAUAAAGAUGAACAAGCCGAUGAGAUGAGAAAGUUGGUCCAUGAGGUAGUGGAGCUGACAGGGAAGUUUAACCUGACAGAUUUUAUUUGGUUCUGCAAGAACUUGGACUUGCAGGGAUUCAAGAAGCGCCUCAAGGAAGUGCGAGAUCGUUUUGAUUCAAUGAUGGAGAGGAUCAUAGAUCACAAGUUGGUGAGAAGAAAGCGGAAAGAAACGGGUGGAAGUGCUGAGGUGAAGGAUUUGCUUGACAUAUUGCUGAACGUUGCUGAAGAUGAGAACUCAGAGAUGAGGUUGAGCAAAGAAAACAUCAAGGCCUUCAUCCUGGACAUAUUUGCUGCUGGGACAGACACAGCUGCAAUUACGAUAGAGUGGGCACUGUCAGAGCUAAUUAACCAUCCGGACAUUAUGGAGAAAGCAAGACAAGAGAUCGACAUGGUAGUUGGAAAAAACCGCCUCGUGGAGGAAUCAGAUAUCCCCAACCUUCCCUACCUCCAAGCCAUAGCGAAGGAGACUCUCCGGCUCCACCCAUCAGGUCCAAUGAUUGUGAGAGAGUCGACGGAGACUUGCGUGAUAGGAGGCUAUGAGAUUCCUGCCGGAACAAGGCUGUUCGUGAAUCUUUGGUCUUUAGGGAGAGAUCCAAGUCACUGGGAGGAUCCCCUCGAGUUUAGGCCAGAGAGGUUCACUAGUGGAAGUAGCCAACAUUUGGAACUGAGAGGGCAGCAUUUUCAGCUGAUGCCAUUUGGGAGCGGCAGGAGAGGGUGCCCCGGAACGUCACUGGCACUUCAGGUUGUUCAGGCAACACUUGGUUCCAUGAUUCAAUGCUUUGAGUGGAAACUCAGUGGAGGAGAAAAUGGUAGGGUUAACAUGGAAGAAGCUCCAGGGCUUACCCUUCUUAGGGCUCACCCCUUGAUCUGCAUCCCUGUUGCUCGCCUAGACCCAUUUCCAUCAUCCCAAAUUACUUGAUAUUUCUGGGAAUGGGAUAGGAUAUUGGAAUCGAAAUAUAGAAGACAACUAAAUGAGGCCAUGCAUGUUUACUUUAUCCAACUGGAAGCAUCAGUAAUCAAGAGAAGAAGCGCCACCCUUUCUAGUGAUUUAUAUGAUCAUGCUUCUAUGUUCAGAGAAAGAUACUCUGUUUUGAAAGACUGAAUUCGUAGAACCUGUCGGUCGUUAUCUGAACAAAUGACUACUUUCCGGGGCCAAAAUGCUAAGGCUGUUCGUUGGAAUAAAAUCAUCAUAAUUUCUCCCGAAUUGGUGAUUCAUUCUACCAAUAUUACUAUUAUGCAGAGGGUCAUGGAAAUCAGGAACCUUCGCGCUCCUGUUCUGCUUCCCCUGUUUUUGGAAACCUCCGAAAGUUUGCCAAUGACAGGCCUGUAACAAGGCUCAUCCCUUGUGCUGAGAUAGCUGGGUUCAUCGGUUCUACUUCUACGUGGAUUGCUUGCCACAGCGUACAUGUAGUUAUUUUCUUGAGAUAUGCUUCCUACUCCUUUAUCUCCAUUAGUCGUGCUGAGAUUAAAUCGUCAUAUGUUAACUCGUCACAUGUCCCCUGGAGCAACCACACCUAUUAUUACUCGAAGUUUCAGUUAAGUUCAUCGCAAAA